ACUAUUCGCUUUCAAAACAAAUGCAUAAUAACAGCUAGCGUAAUGGACUCCAGCAAAGGCAAAACCAUGAUACGAAACCCAAAAGGCCUACCUGCGGAUGUUAUGGACUGGGGAUAUUUUGGUCCUUGGAAAGCACAGACAUUAUGAUGUGGGGUUGAUAUGACUGGUGUUACAAAAAAUACCCACACACUAAGCAAGGAUUGCCCAGUUACUGCGGGGCAUUCAGCUGGAAAAAGAGAAGUGAAAACUUACAUAACCAGAUCUCAGAUAACAAAAGACCAUCACGAAAACAUGAAAGAACUCUACCUGAACAUGAAACUGGAAGACAGAAGAAAUAAAUACAAAUGUAGAGACAAACACUUGAGUUUGUCAGAAAUUUUGACUUGGCCAGACUAUUACAAGGAAAAAACUAAAACAAAAAUUCCUGGAAAGAAAAAGACAGAAAAGUCAUAUGAAAGUGACAUUAAGCAGCCUUUUCCAGUAAAUGAAGACAUCAACAAAAAGGUUUCACUAUGGCAAGGGGACAUAACUCGGCUUGAAAUAGACAUCAUUGUGAAUGCUGCAAAUUCUUCACUUCUCGGAGGCGGGGGAGUGGACGGUGCGAUUCACUCAGCGGCUGGGCAUCACCUGUUAUCGGAAUGUCGCACUUUAAACGGGUGUGACGCAGGGGAUGCCAAGAUCACUGGAGGAUACAAGCUGCCAGCGAAAUAUGUGAUCCACACGGUUGGUCCGAUAGGUCGGUCAAAGGGUGAUAAAAGUGAUCAGUGUUUGAAAAGCUGUUAUGACAGAUGUCUCCAGUUGAUGUUGGAUAACAAACUAAAGUCAAUGGCCCUCCCAUGUAUCUCAACCGGAAUCUACGGGUUUCCAAAUGAUGUAGCUGCUAACAUUGCUCUGCGCACUGUCCAACAGUUUCUCAACGAACAUGCUCACGAGGUUGACAGGAUUAUCUUCUGUGUAUUUCUCCCACAAGACUUGAAUCUGUAUAAACAGCUGUUGCCGAGAUACUUCCCACUUGAAAAGGGCCCUCCAUCUAACACAGAUAAAAGUCCAAAGGACUCGGAAACUAAAGAUGUUGAGGAGAUGGAAUAUUUAUCGUCCAAACAUGGCACAAAGUCAGCAUUACAGCAAGAUGAAAAAUCUACUAAUAAUUCAUCAACCAAACCUGACAACAACAGUUCAACUUUAUGUGAAUCUGAAAAUUCUACUGAUAAGAGGAAAAUGGAUGUUGAUAAAGAUAAAAGUCCAAAGGACUCGGAAACUAAAGGUGUUGAGGAUAUGGAGACGGAACAUUCAUCGUCCAAACAUGGCACAAAGUCAGCAUUACAGGCAGAUGAAAAAUCUACUAAUAAUUCAGCAACCAAGCCUGACAACCAGUCAGCAUUAAAGGCAGAUGAAACAUCUACUAAUAAUUCAGCAACCAAGCCUGACAACCAGUCAGCAUUACAGGCAGAUGAAAAAUCUACUAAUAAUUCAGCAACCAAGCCUGACAACCAGUCAGCAUUACAGGCAGAUGAAACAUCUACUAAUAAUUCAGCAACCAAGCUUGACAACCAGUCAAUGUUGGAGCCAAAUGAAAAAUCUACUGAAUAUUCGCCAACCAAGCCUGACAGCAAGUCAGCAUUAGAAAAAGAUGAAAAAUCUACUAAUAAUUCAGCAACCAAGUCUGACAACAACAGUUCAACUUUAUGUGAAUCUGAAAAUUCUGCUGAUAAGAGGAAAAUGGAUGUUGAUAAAGAUAAAAGUCUGAAGGUGUCGGAAACAGAAGGUAUUGAAGCCAUGGAGACUGACGAUUCAUCUUCCACGAAUGACAACAACAAAGCAACAUUACACACACCUGCAGAAGAUUCCACAUCCAAACACGAGAAAAACAAAUCAACAUUACAGGCAGCUAAAACAUCUUCUAAAAAUACAACAUCCAAACAGGACACAAAUAAAUCAACAUCAAAUGCAGCUAAAAUAUCUACUGACAAUGCAAUGAUCAAGAGUGACAAAAAUAAAUCAACUUGUAAAUCUGAAAAAUCUGGUGAUGAGAAUAAAAUGGAUGUUGAUAAAGAUACGACUGAAGAAACAGACCACAGGGAUUCAGCUCCUGAUAACAAGACUUCGUCGGACAGUAAAACUCCAUCUCGAGCAGAGAAAUCUAAACGUGAACCCUUUAUAGAAACGUCUCUUUGAUGUGCUUUUUAAGUCACUGUUAGUAUGGUGAUAUCACAGUACUGAGAAACCUAAAAGAGAAUUGUUUCUCGAGACUUCUCUUUGAUGUGCUUUGUGAGUGACUAUUACCAUGGUAAUAACACAAUUCUGAGAAACCUAAAAGAGAACUUGUUAAGGAGACGUCUCUUUGAUAUGCUUUUUGAGUCACUGUCACCAUGGUGAUAUCACAAUACUGAGAAAGCUAAAAGAAAACCAGUUACGGCUAACACAGUGCUAAGCAGCAGAUGAAUAGGAGUGUUGUAGAAUCUUGUGUUAUUAUAUGCUGCAUGUAUCUUUUACCUAGUAGGAUUUACUUUUAAAGAUUGCUGUGAAUUCAAACCAAAUUAUUAUCUAUAUCAUUUGCAACUUAAUUGUUUUUGCUUCCGUCAUUUAGUUUUAUGAUAUGACAAAUAAUAUCUUUGUGUCAAACAACGAGAGAGAGAGAGAGAGAGAGAGAGAGAGAGAGAGAGAGAGAGAGAGAGAGAGAGAGAGAGAGAGAGAGAGAGAGAGAGAGAGAGAGAGAGCGUGAGCGUGAGCGUGUGCGUGUGCGUGUGCGUGUGUGUAUUUAUAUCAUGGUAGUCCUAUGACAAAGCUAGACAUGUCUAACAGUGUGUAUUUAUUUAGAUGCUACAUUUGUCCAGUGGCAUAACUACACAAAACAACACAAUGUGUUUUGGAAACAGAAUAUAAGUGACUGAGUGGUGCUAUUGUUGAAAAGACAAGUAGAGUGAUGCCAUAAAGAAAGUUUCCAGUGCUAAACGACCGUGGUGGAUGGUUCACUCACUAUAGAGAGCAAGAAACAGACAAAGACCUACUGCCAAAAAAUACACUCGUACUUUUAAAAAAGCAGUGAGGCAUCUUUUAUAUGCACUUUCCCAUAGAUGGAGCAGGACAUACCACAACCUUUGAUAUAGCAGUUGUGGGCCGCUGGUUGGGACGAGACCAAAUUGAAAAGUCGAUCACAUCCCAGGCAACACUUUAUCAGUGAGCUACAUCCGUCCACUGACUUUCCUUAUGUAUUUAACAAAGUCACUUUCUUUACCCCAGAACACGAAAACAGCAAUCACAGUCUCACUUAAUAAAGUCACCUUGGACUGCAGACACUGUUGCCAGUUUAUCAGUUUGGUGCAGUAGUACAGCCUGGCAAUCCAAAGGUUUACUAUUACAAAAGUGUCUGGCAUGUCACUUUUACUGAUGUAUUACAACUUGGAGACCGUGUUUACAAAUGUUAAAACCCAAGUUUUUACUAAGCAUCCUAUUCAGGAUUCAUACUAUAUAUAGGUGUUGACAAUGUUACAGUCUGUCUGUUUUCAUUAUUGUUAUUAUUAUCAUCAUUUCUCUUUAUACAGUGUUCUAUUUGUUAGUGAUUAUCUUUGUUAGUUUACACUGUGUGGCAUUGAUUAACAGUAUUGCUUUAUUUCAUAUUGGUUUUUCAGAUCAUCGUCAGCUGUUCAUUUUAAGUCUUUUGUUGGUCUGUUUGUCAGUCUAUAAAAAGGUAUACGCCAUAGGCAGAUUCUGAUUUCAUAAUUUAUAAUCUAAACUGGAACAUCUUAUAAAAUUUAAUGAUAGAUUCCAAAUCUUCAAUAAAGAUUUUAUAAUCCUAUUCACUAUUGGAUGCAACUUGCUACCAAUCUUCAAAAACACUAAAUUUUAUCAUUUUAAUUAUUAUCAUCAUCAUCAUAUGCCGGUUGUGUCUUCAACAAUCAUCAAAUUGAUUUAAUGAAAUAUGUCUUCUUUGUUUUUUAACUUUAAUUUUGUGGAGUGGAAAGCAAUUUUUGCUUCUCAGAUUUUAAUUUAGAAAUAAAUUCUGCAACUUGACAGCAGUUACAGAAAUUAGUCUCGGAA